CACCGAUCCAACUUUUAACCGGUGCCCAGUACCGUUUCAUGAAAAAGGAAGAUACACGAAUGAUUUUGAUUUACUUAGUCUUGAGUGCGAUUUUCAUUUUUCCUUUUCGUUUUCUUCUUCCAGCGACAGACGUUUUUCCCUCAUACAAAGACCGACGACAUGAUUUUUUCCUGAACUACGCGAAGCUCCUGGUAGUCUUUUCCAUCUGUUUACCUAUUAUUCACCCGAAUUUCCUCAUAGAAAGUAGACCGCCCCUGUUUCCUACUUGUUAUGACAUCGAUACCGUGAAGAAAGAAAAGCGCCCGUGUUGCCUGAUUUACACCCAUAACCGUAUAAUUUUGAUGUAUACAAAAUCACGAGCGAUCCUUGCUCAUUGAGCAGUUGCACCAAAACUUUUUGGACCAGUAGCGCAUUUUCCAUCUCUACUCCUACUUCGCUGUCAGGAAGACGCGUGGUUUCGUCGACUUCUAACCGCCCCGCCACUGAAGAUGAAAAUGCCCCCGCAAAAGAACCACAAAGCUCCUUUAUUCCCGGCUGGUGCCCACCCGCCGACGCCGACCAAGGAGCAGCAACUGCGGCGGCUGUACUUCCAGAAAGACUUGGAAUUUCGCGAACUGCGGGAACAGGAGUUGCGCGACAAUAUUCUGAAGGACUAUGUGCCUUUAAACGAGCCGAAACUAUUCGCGGAACAAAUUAAGGGUCAAAAUCAUCCCCACCAGAACCGUCAUUCUAAUUCCUUCACCCGCGAGGGCGGGGGUGUUGGAGCGAACACCCGGCACACGACCGGCGGAACGCAAACCUUCGGGCUGCGCCCCGAAGACUUGCAGGCCUGGUUCGUCGACGACGAGGGAGUGGCAGCGGCCGAGGUAGGUACUAGAGAACAGGACAAUCAUGAUGUGUUCUCGCCCGAUGAAAGAGUAGUGGCUCGUAGACCACCCGCCGCGAGAGAACCUCAAGUCCGGAUGAACAAUGGGCUGCAACAAGAACAACCUCACGGAGAAGAUCUCGGACGUGGUCCGCUACUUGAUUUUGGCACAGCUAGCGCAACGUCCCGCGUGUUUUCCCCGACGCCAUACAAGUUUGGGAAAGAAGACGGACCAGCAGACGGUGACCCAUUCGACGUGGGCCGGUUUUCAAGUCUGAACAUCGACGGGGAAAUGCAGCAGACGAAUCCCGGAGAAGGAGGCCGGUAUAGCAACAACGUAAAUGGCAAGCAGGACGCAGAUGACCACGACUCCGAGGAACCCUCGUUCUUUCUGCACGGGAAAUCCCUGCUAAAGUCUGCAAUGGACGACAGCUCUGUACUGUUGGAACGACCUGGAGGAGGAGACCAGGUAGUUGGCAACGGGAUUUUGACUCAACAUCCCAAAGUGGACGCGGGCGGCUCGUUAUUUCCGCCACACGAUUUUCACGAUGGAGGUGCAGGACAGCCGAUCCCGACAGGAACGGCACCUGGCGCUGGUUUUACUACGCAAGAGCAGCAUGGAAGAGGUCAACUACUUCCCCAGUACCUCCAGGACAGCGGGGCUUUGUUCUCGCAAAAUGGGAUAUUAAGUCAUGUCCCUCCGGCGCAAAACAACGGUCUUCAGCAACGGCUGCUAUUCCAGGACGGCGGCAGCGUGUCUUCUUCCACCAUGCGCAAAACCCGGGCGGACCGCCUCCGGGCCCGGAAUCGCGACUUCUCUUCGCGAACGGCUGGUGUUGGUACAAUCGACGAGGAAGUUCUUCUUGACGAAGGGCUGAUGAAGCAGCAUCAAGAGGAUGAACAAGACGGAACAAAGCGUCACCUCGAAGCUGACCAAACGGCCCGUCAGUCACCCUUCAAAGCUAAUAAUGCACAACAACUACCCGGAACAUCAAGAUCAGCAUCCUCCUCCCCGCAACGAGGAGAGAACCCUCCUCGGCACCCCCUCCGUUCCCCCGAGCAGGAGAGGGAAAAGCGCCGGCGCGAGGAGCUGAACCUCGCACGCUGUCGGCAGAUGCUGGGCUUCGAAAACCUCUGUGUCAUGGUGGAAACGAGGGCGGUAGAACAAAAUAUCAAAGCCGCUACUCUCCCUUUUUCCUCAGCUGCAGCAGACCCAAACGUCGGCAACAACUCCGGGCCGUCAUCCACCUCUGGCACCAGCUGCACAAGCGACAGAGCCCAGCAGGAGCGGGCGAAGCAGCGGGAGAUCAGCCGGAUCGCGCAGGAGGCGCAAUCCUACCACCAACAGCUUCUGGCGGAGUCGGACCGCGUGUUUCGGCAGGCCAUGGCGGAGAUCCAGGCGAUCGAGAAGCAGGAAAUGGAACGAAAACGGCUGGAAAAGGCGGAGCGGGAAAGAGUCGAAAAGAUGGAACUGGACCGGCAGCGACAGGUGCGAGAGGAAGAGGAACGGAAGAGACGAGAACUGAUAGAGCAACAGAAGCAACUGGAACUGCAGCAGCAAGCCGCCGCGCAGGCAGAGCAGGACCGGCUGGAAAAGGCCCGCGCUGCUGCGGCCGAGGAAGAGAAGCGACAGGUGGAAGCCGAGAAAAUCGCAGCGCAGCAGAAGGAAGAGCAAGAGCGGAUGAAAAUGAAGGAACAGCAGGAACAAUUGCAGCAAGCAAAUGCUGCACAACUAGCACAGCAGCAACAGCAGGCUAGUUCUACUGCUGCGCCGGGUACAACAAGUAAGAGUGCCACAACAGGUUCUUCCAGCCCUGGCAGCACGACCACCGCGUUUCUGCAGCAGCUGGCGCAGCAGGCGAAACAGCAGGAAAAGUCCCUGGAGGAGUUCAACACGAGCAAGGAGAAAGACAUCCGCCAGCGACGCGUGAACCUGAAAAAAGCCAUCAACACGAAGAUCGGGCAGGUGUCGCACCAGGCGCCGACCACUAUCCACUGAAAAGGUGUUUGGGUCUGGAAGAGUGCAAGAUUUGUACAUGCAUCUCGUCGUGAUUCGACCAUCACCAGUUCCCGCAGAUGGUCUGGAAAAAUGAACACAGAAGAUCAUGCAUCACAGGUUUUGCGAGACCUUUCGCCUUCGUCUUGUUUGUCCUGGCAAGAAAUGGGCACCAACUUUUACCGUAGUUCAUGCAUACACAGAUUUUUUUGUGAUCGAGUCUUCACAUGACGUUCCAUACCCAACCACAUUUGUAAUGCAUAACUGCCGUUGCCUGCCAAAAGGCGCUGAAGGAGCUGAUUGAACUCUCCAGGUCCUCCGAAAAUCCGACUUUCACGGAGUACACCCGGUGGCGCAUUUCCGACGCGCUGUGCGAGCAGUGGUCUAACAUUCCCCCCGCGGAAAGCCGGCUCGCGUGGCCCUUUUGCUACGUGAUUGUGUUUUUGAUCCGGAAGCUGCCAAAGCACGAGUUCCGGGAUAGCUUCCUGGGAAUGAUCCACCACCGCUGCCCGCUGUCCAUUCCCGAUCUCACCGUCGCGGACAAGCAGGCCGCGGAAGAGGGCGAGGGCGAACAGGAGUUUUUCAACCGCCAAACGAAUCUGCUGCGGUUUUACCUCGGAUCGCUCGUGCUGGCGAAGGACGCCAACCGGUUGUGGGAGUACGUGGCCGCGUUGCUCAACUCCAGAAUCCCCGCGGACAGCAGCUGCCGCUUCGUGCCCUUCGCGCUGUUUUGCUUCCUCGAGAUGGCGGGCAUGUUCAUGCGGCAACGCUUUGGACACAGCUUCCUCAAGAUCACGCAGUACGUCUUGCUUCUGAUUGAAGAUGAAGAGUGCAUAAUCAGCAUUUUAGAAAUCUUUGUUGUUUCCAUCCUUGCUUUUUUACUUUGCAGUUCUUUCGCUCAACAGUUGGAUUUCAUUGCACCUUUUAACGGGCCUUCCCCUUCGCCUUGUUUCUCGCACGACUGGUGUUGUGAAGCGGCUGACUAUUUUUGCUUCAGUAUCAACUUUUCGCCCACUUACAUCGUUUUGCACCUUGCCGUAUAUCAUUAUCAUGGUCAUGAUUCUCAGGUACAUCCGCAGCACUUGGAUCCCGCAUUGCAAGGAGAUUCUCGGCCAAGGGCGCGAUCCGGCGCCGAUCACAGCCAAACUCACGGUGAUCACUAGCUGGAUUGACGGGCUGCUGAAGGGGGAAGACAAAACGCCGGACGGCAUGCAGCUCCAGGCACACGGAGAGAGCGAAAUUCGCAACGACAUAUGAUAGGGAUAGAUACAAGUGAUCGCAUCCAUGUACUUUCGACAAGUUCUUUUUUCUUGACUCUUCUCCCUCUUGUACCUCGUUUUAUUCCCCACGACAUGAAUGACGAACUUCAACUUUGACUUUCAGAUUCACUGCCAAGCAAAAGAUGAAAAAGACGACGCCUAUGUAUCUAUUUUUUGUGUGGAUCGAACAGCUACGAGCUACAACGCGAAGCGACCAAAAAUACCAAAUUUAUCGAAAAGUGCGACGCGCAGACUUUGCCCCCAGCAUCAAGGAUAUUCUUCAUUUUCAUGAUGCAAAAUGAUCAAUCCCAGAAGCAGAACCAGAUCCCGUUGCAACAUACCAUGCAAAUAAUGUUGGUGUACUUACUACGAUAAUUCACGAUCUUGAUUCGUGUAUCCGGU